AUGCUGGCGCGCCCCACACGGGGCUUUUCUGAGGUGUCUGUACACCUCAAGGGCGCGGAGUUCACUUGCGAAUACAAAUAUGACGGAGAGAGAAUUCAGAUCCACGUGCUGCAGCAGCAAGACUACCAGCAGCUGCACGGCGGCGGCGCGCGCCCCAAGCCGCAGCAGCGGCAGCAGCAGCAGCAACUCGUCUUCGGCAAAGAAGCCAGACUCAAAACGCCGCACGCCGACCCAAAGAAAACAGCAGCAGCAGCAGCAACGCCAGCAGCAGCAGCAAGUCCCGUUCCAGCAGCACCCAACGGUGCAGCAGCAGCAACAGCAGCAACUCCAACUCCAGCAGCAGCGUCGCCGGCAGCAGCGUCGCCCCCAGCAGCAGCAGCAGGUGCUGCUGCUGCUGCUGCGUCCCCGGCAGCAGCUGCGGAGGGAGGAGCAGCAGCAGCAACCGCCCUCCGCAGCAGCAGCGCCUCCCACAGCAGCAGCAGCAGCAGCAGCAGCAGCAAAAGGGCCUUUGGUGGUUCGUUUGUUCAGCAGGAGACAAGAAGACAUAACCGAAAAGUACCCUGA